CAUUACUUUGUUUUCUUCGCGAUUUUGUAUACACCGUAUAAAGGAUCUAACGUCAUUCAUACAUUGCUAGUGGGACGGACAACAGCUUAGUGCAAUAGAGCAAUAUGUUCAAAGUCAUUAGAGAUGGUGGUAUUCGAUGUAAGACGUCGAAGUAUUUGAAAAUUAUAAAAAAUAAUAGAUCGCUUGCAACUAAAUCAGAAGUCGCGUCAUCAGCGGAUGUUGUUGUUAUUGGUGGCGGUAUAGCAGGGUGCAACACGUUAUAUCAACUCACAAAGAGAGGCGUGAAUGCGAUAUUACUGGAGAGAUCUAAAAUCACGAGUGGGACAACAUGGCAUACCGCCGGUCUUGUAUGGUCGCUUCGGCCUUGCGACUUGGAAGUUCGACUAUUACGAGAUUCAAGGAACGUAUACAAUAAUUUAGCAAAUGAAGUCGAGGACUAUUCGGGGUGGAUCAACAAUGGUGGAAUGUUUAUUUCGCGAAGUAAGAUUCGUACUCAAGAAUACAUGAGGUUACACACUCUGGGAAAUGCUAUGGGUAUCGCGAGUGAAGUUUUGGAUCCUUACGAUGCACAGAAAAAAGUUCCUAUUUUGGAUCCUUCUGUAUUUCAAAUGGCAUUGUAUGUAUCGGAAGAUGGUACUAUAGACCCGGCAAUGGCAUGCAGUGCACUCCUCAAAGUUGCCACACGCAAUGGCGCCAAGGUAUAUGAAGAUCGUCCCGUCAUAGAUAUACAUUACACUCACAACUUGCUUGGGAAUAAAGAAGUGACUGCUGUACACACUGACAAAGGGAUUAUUAAAACGAAAUGUGUCAUUAAUUGUGGAGGUGCUUGGGGUCCCCGUGUCGCGAGGUUCGCUGGGGUACCAUCAUUGCCACUUGUGCCAUUCAAACACGCGUAUGUAGUGUGUGAUGCAAUCCCAGAGAUACGCGGUUGUCCCAACAUCCGGGACCAUGACGUGAAUCUGUACUUGAAGAUGCAGGGUGAGACUUGCAGUAUUGGAGGGUAUGAAGGAAACCCGCAUAUGUUGGACCAGGUUCCCGAUAACUUACAAUUCCAUCUGUACGAGUUAGAUUGGGAUGUAUUCGGGGUGCAUAUGACCAGCGCCACCACCCUCUGCCCGAAGCUGGGUAAAAUUGGUAUAAAGAGCACAGUAUGUGGACCGGAAUCUUUCACGCCAGACCAUAAGCCACUUUUGGGAGAGGAUCCCAAUAUCUUUGGUCUGUAUCAUAAUUGUGGCUACAAUUCGGCGGGUAUGAUGUUUUCUGCUGGUUGCGGCAUUCAAAUGGCUGAGUGGGUCAUCUCCGGAAGGCCUCAAUACAACAUGUUCACAUUUGACAUCCGUCGCUUCACGCCUGGUCAGCUAUCGCGCGCCCAUUGGUGCCGUGAAAGCAGUCAUGAAGCAUACGUGCGGAAUUACGGUAUAGUGUUCCCGCACGACGAGCGUCUAGCAGGCCGAGAUGCUAGUCAUGACGCCUUGCACCAGGAACUGGUGGAUGAUGGCGCGGUCAUGCAAGCUAGGGCAGGGUGGGAGAGGCCAGGUUUCUUCAUGCCGGGAGAGAAGAUAAGAGUUCAGCAAUAUGAUUGGGGCGGCACCCACGACUACCCCAGGAACGUAGAUCAACGGUACGAGGAGGUCCUCAAAGGAGACUACACGUUUGGUUUCUCUGAGCAUCACGAUCUUAUAGGAAAAGAAGCCUUAAGCUGCAGAAAUGCUGCCGCUCUUUUCAAUUUAUCGUACUAUGGAAAAUUUUAUUUGACUGGUCCCGAUGCACAACGUACCGCUAAUUUGGCAUUCACUGCUGACCUUUCUAAAGAUUAUGAAAGAGUGGUGUAUUCUUUGCUGUUGAACGAGAAGGGGGGUGUUGAAGCCGAUGUAACUGUUAGUAUUCUGGAUGGGGGAAGUGGACAGUUGCAUGAACCAAUUUUUAAGGGCCGCGGUUACUAUGUUGUAACUAGUGGUUUUAACGCUAACCACACUCUAGCUCAUUUGCGACGAAUCAUACAGACGCACAAAUUGCGUGCGACCAUCACAGAUGUCUCGAAACAGCUCUGUAUAUUGAGUGUACAAGGACCAGACAGUCAACGCAUUUUGCAACGUUACACCGGUGCGGGCCUAUCAAACGACGCUUUCCCUGUGAAUACGCACCGUAGUAUCCAGUUCCAUAAAGCACCAUUCAGCGUAGACAAUAAGGUCUACACUUGCAGAGCUCUGCGAGUGGGCUGGUCGGGCGAGUUGGGCUGGGAAUUACAUAUACCGUCGUCACAUGCGAUCCAAAUUUACAAGGCCCUGAAAACUGCUAAAGGUCUACAGAACGCUGGUUGGAGGGCGUUGACUUCGCUUAGCGCCGAGAAAGGAUAUCACUUGUGGAAUGCCGAUCUGAGAACAGAUGAUAAUCCUAUAGAGGCCAACUUGGGUUUCACGUGUCGUGAAAAUGGCGAAUAUAUUGGCAACGAACAUGUUGCAAAAGCGAGAAGUAAUGGUGUGUCCAAAAAAUACGCAUAUUUCACACUCGACGAUAAGGUUGCUAUAUACGGCCAAGAAGCGGUAUUCAGGAAUGGCGAGCCUGUUGGUCACCUAAGGAGAGGAGAUUAUGCGUAUUAUCUUGAUAAACCUAUAGGAAUUGCAUAUAUCACAAAUAAAGGUUUAGAGGUAACUGGAAAGUACUUAACAGAUGGAAAUUAUGAAAUCGAAGUCAUGGGAACAAAAUAUAGAGCAAAUCUUCAUUUGAAAUCACCGUUUGAUCCUACUGGCCAGAGGAUACUUGGGAAUUACGGGGAGCAAGGAAUGGAUGAAAAUAUAUAUGAACCACAUGCCGGACAGAAUGAAAGGUCUGGAGGUAGUGAAUAAAUAGCCAUUUAAUGUGAUCUCAAUAAAUAAUUUUAUUUUAUUAA